AAGGAGGCGCUGGGCGGGAGGGUCGAAGGAGCGUCAGAACGAGGGGAGGGGAAAACCUCUCGGCACGUGCUCCCAGGCCUCUCCCGCAGUCCCUGAGCUGAGCACGCUUUGUUCCCUCCCCCCUGGCCCGCUCCGUCGCGGGGACACGCCCCCUCCUCCCCACGUGGUGCCGACCGCCUCGCCCCAGCUGUCCAGCGCGCCGGCGCAGAGAGCUCCCCGAGCGUCCCCGCUGGGCUGCCCGGGCUCCUCCCGCGUUCCCCGCCGCAGCCGCAGCCGCAGCAGCCGGGGCGGAGCCAUGGUGGUUCUCUCGGUGCCCCCGGAGGUGACCGUGAUCCUGUUGGAUAUCGAAGGUACCACUACCCCGAUUGCUUUCGUGAAGAUGCGUCCCCAAGAGGAUAAUGAGACUCCUUCACUUCAGAGUCCCAGCGUCUGCUCUGGAUACAGCCUUUGUCUCUCCAAGGACACGUUAUUUUCCUACAUUCGUGAGAAUGUUAAAGAUUAUCUGCACACGCACUGGGGAGAAGAGGAGUGUCAACAGGAUGUGAGUCUGCUGAGAAAACAGGCAGAAGAGGAUUCCCACUUGGAGGGUGUUGUGCUGAUCCCCCCCAGAUCGGAGCAUGGCGCUGACGACACCGAACAGAUGAUCCAGGCCGUGGUGGACAACGUGUACUGGCAGAUGUCCCUGGAUAGGAAGACCCCCGCCCUGAAGCAGCUGCAGGGCCACAUAUGGCGGGCUGCCUUCGCCGAUGGGACAGUGAAGGCCGAAUUCUUUGAGGACGUCGUUCCCGCAAUCAGGAAAUGGAGACAAGCCGGCAUGAAGGUGUAUAUUUAUUCUUCAGGUAGUGUUGAGGCGCAGAAGCUGCUCUUUGGCUAUUCGACAGAAGGAGACAUUCUCGAGCUUUUUGAUGGCCAUUUUGAUACUAAGAUUGGACAUAAAAUAGAGAGUGAAAGUUACAGGAGAAUUGCGACGAGCAUCGGCUGCUCCCCCAACAACAUCCUGUUUCUGACAGACGUUACCCGAGAGGCCAACGCGGCAGAAGAGGCUGACGUCCAUGUGGCCGUGGUAGUGAGACCUGGCAAUGCGGGAUUGACGGAUGAUGAGAAGUCUUAUUUCAACCUCAUCACUUCUUUCAAUGAACUGUUCUUGCCUUCGUCAACUUAGGGGGAAGAAGCUUCCCUGUUUGUGGAACGGAGCUCAAAACUCUUUCUCUGAAUUGUACCUCUGCUCUUGUUUUCUGGGUUCAUUCCACUGAUAAAAUCGCACAUCUAAAGAAAAUUAUAUAUUCAGAUCACCUUCCCCAGGGGUCCCUAAGGGAGAGGGAAGGGAAUUUUGAGUCAGUGAAAGGAAGGCCUGUUUUCUUUUUAAAUUAUGAAGAUAGGAGUUGUUGAAGCUGCAUUCCUAAAGUAUUUGCUCCCUCGUGGGGUGGCAGUUGCUAAACACAAUGGGUAAAAUUGCUGGGAAAAAACCCAUUUGUCUACCUGCUUUAGCUGGUUUUUUACCAGAGGGGAAAGCCUAACUGUUCUAAAACCAUUCCUGCAAACUUGCUGUGAUUUUAGAACCUUUCUACAGUGUCCUCUUUAUGGUGGUGGGAGCAAACACUUAGGUGACCCAAGUGUAGCCAUCUCGCACACAACAAAGCCAAAAGUUGGUUAUUAGCGUCUAGUGAAGAAGAAAACAUCGAGGCAUGAAAAUCACUCCCAUGGCUUGACUGACCAAGUGUUGCUGUUGGCGUCAGGGUAUAGCUUGUAAUUCCAUGGCUCUGACAGUGAGCCUUAAUAACUACCUGUUAUCACGGUGCAAAAAGCUUAAUGCUGCUUUUCUGUAUCAUCCUAGACUUGAGUACUUGGCAUGUCAUCCCUAACAUCAAGAAACCCUUGUCCCAAAACAAAAAAAUAGUUCCCUUGGAAUUGUUAGAGAAGAAGUAUAAGUUGUAGCAGUACUCUCUACCCCAGUUUGGUUCUGAUAUGCGUGUUCAUGUAAUAUUUCAUGUUGUGACUAAUAAAAAACAAUUUCCCCUGGUCGUUUAUUUAUGACCCUAA